AGAACAGAGCCCAACUUUAUUUUUACUCUCUCCUCUUUUUUUUUUAAUUUCUUUUUCCUUUUCCGGAUGGUGGUGGUUUGGGUUCUUCUGCGAAAUGUGCUACUUGUCUGCUGUCUAUUGUAUCCCUGCGGCCUGCAAACUGCAAUUGAGAUUGGUUGUUGUUGGUAAUUGGCAUCCGGCUUCCCUCCUCCUCGUCCUCCACAGAAGGCGAGGGAAGAUACCGAAAAACAGAGAGAAUGGUGAUGUGGGUAUUUGGGUAUGGUUCCCUGAUCUGGAAAGCUGGGUUCAACUACGACGAUCGCCUCGUUGGUUUUGUCAAAGGCUAUCGCCGCGUCUUUUACCAAGGCAGCACUGACCACAGAGGCACUCCAGAGUUCCCAGGAAGAACCGUCACUUUGGAGCCUGCUGAUGGCGAAUUUUGCUGGGGAGUUGCAUACAAGAUCUCGGGCAAAGAAGAUGAAGAUACUGCACUGACUCAUCUUGAAGUUAGGGAGAAGCAGUACGAUGAGAAGGCCUACCUUGAUUUCUUCACCGAUCCAACAGCUACAACUCCUGCAAUUCCCGGUGUAAUGGUGUACAUAGGUUCUCCAGACAAGAAGAGAAACACAAACUACUUGGGGCCUGCACCCAUGGAAGACAUAGCCAAACAAAUUGUUGAAGCUGAAGGCCCCUCGGGACCUAACAGAGAAUACCUUUUUAAACUGGAAGCAGCGCUUCUUGAGAUUGGAUGCAAGGACAAACAUGUCAUGGAACUUGCAAGCAAGGUACGAGCAAUUCUUUUGGAGAAUGAAUGAUCGACUCAAAGCUGCUUCUCUCCACAUUUGUUUUUACCCUAAAUUAAAAGGAGUUUGUAGGUCGGUAUUAUAGACCCCCGAGCCGGUAUUGGCUGAUAGAUAUCAUAUGCUGCCUCGAGCCGAUGAAUUUUUUGGUGGGCAUAUUUUACUUUACGGGUGGCUUGGAUGAUGAAAUAGGGCGAUUGAUCCAUGGAAAAUGGUUUAAAUUCCAUGCAAACCGGAAAAGAAUGAUUUGUUUGUCCAUGUUUUAAAGCAACUACCGAGUCCACAUUCUAUGGAGAUUGGGUUAAUAUUUCGUGGAGGGAAAGGAUCUCACCAUCUGAUAUUGAGUUCAAAAGUUGUUGACAAAGCUUUUGCUUUGAACACUUUGAAGAGCUGGUUGUUUUCAUUACAUCUCGAGCUUAUAUAGCUCAAGUUUUGUGGUUACAACUUACAAGCCACCGUUGAGAUUUACGGUUUAGGCGAAACUUGGGAAUGAAGUACAAGCCGAAAGAGAAAAGUGAACAAAUUAAGAUAACU